UUCGAAAACUGUCAUAACAAAAGCCCAUCAUGUGUUAUUCUAUUAUUGGUGUUUAAAGAUUCACAAAUAGUUUGUUAAAUAUUAUCAAAAGUGAAAAUGGGUACCACAGGACAAUCAAUAACAUUAGCAAAUAGUAUAAUAGGAGUCGGUAUAUUGGCAAUGCCUUUCUGUUUUCAACAAUGUGGAGUAAUAUUAGCUAGUUUAAUACUUUUGCUAAUGGGAUUCGUUUCAAGGCUCUGUUGCCAUUUUUUACUUAAAUCUGCAAUCAUCACAAGGAGACGGACAUUUGAAUUUUUAGCAUUUCAUGUCUUCGGACCAGCGGGUAAGUUAGCCAUAGAGCUAGGUAUUAUAGGUUUUCUAAUGGGUACCUGUAUAGCAUAUUUUGUGGUUGUUGGUGACUUGGGACCUCAAAUCAUUGCAAAGAUGUUUAAUAUUAACCAAAGUGACAUUUUAAGAACCUCAAUAAUGGUAAUAGUGUCAUUAGUAUGUGUGUUGCCGUUGGGAUUAUUAAAAAAUGUUGACAGUCUGAGUAAUGUUAGUGCGGCAACAAUAUGCUUCUACUUCUGUUUGGUUAUUAAAGUGAUUUUCGAAGCAACAUCUCAGUUAUUGACCAGUGACUGGCACAUUCGUAUUGAGACAUGGAAGCCAUCCGGAGUCUUACAAUGUGUGCCUAUAUUCUCUAUGGCUUUGUUUUGUCAAACACAACUGUUUGAGAUCUUUGAGUCGCUGCCGUCUCUGUCAUUAGAGAAGAUGAACCUUGUGACAAAGAAUGCUAUCAACAUCUGCACAGCGGUGUACUUCACACUAGGCUUCUUUGGAUAUGUUGCAUUUAGUUCACAGAAUAUAUCAGGCAACAUCCUCAUGAGCCUGAGCCCAACGUUGGGCAGUGACGUCAUCAAACUGGGCUUCGUCAUGUCGCUCGCCUUCAGCUUCCCUCUUAUCAUAUUCCCCUGCAGAGCUAGUCUCUACUCCUUUCUAUACAAAAAGGUACAUCCAGCGCAACAUGACCAUAUCAUAAACCACUCAAUACCAGUUACAACUUUCCGUUGCAUCACAGUAGCAAUAAUUGCUGUUGCACUUUUUGUCAGUCUUUUAUUACCAGACAUAGAAGUUGUGUUAGGGCUCCUCGGGUCCACCAUCGGAGUCCUAAUCUGUGUGGUCUUUCCUGCGGCAUGUUUCAUCAAUGUCACCUUUAAGAAUACCAAUGAAAGAUUGCUGGCCAAAGUUGUAUUAGUACUGGGUCUGAUCAUCCUGGUGCUGGGUACGUAUGCCAACUUGCAGGCUGCGGAGAACAAGUACGAUGACAAACUUAUAACACAAGAGCGCAUCGACAAGAUUGUAGAGGACUUCUUUCAGAAGAUGGAGAAAGAUGAAGGUGUAAAACCGGCAGCCGGACUAAAAAGCGAUAUUAUAACGAAUAACGUUGAAGAAAAAGCCCCGAAGGAGAUCAUAAAAGAUUCAGAAGUACAGCCUCCCAACCCGAUACCACCCGAGUCGCAUUCCAAUGAAAAACCCCCCGAAAAUCCAAUACCAAUAAAUCCGAAGCUUAAACAACUCGAACCCGAACAAGAAUCUAAAAGAGACGCCAAAGUAAUAGGAAUUUCAGGAGAAACUCAUCCGAAAGAUUUAAAAAUGAAGUUAGAAGAAGCUAAACUAAAUAACGGGAAUGAUAAAAUUGAAACUAACAAUAUCGAGAAACCAAAGGAAAUUGUAAAACCAGAAUCCAGUCAGGAAAAGAUAGAUAUUCUAAAGAAACAACAGCUCAUAGAAACUAUAAAACAACACGGAGAAGAACAAAAAGAAUUGAUAAAAGAACAGAAAGAGAUUUUACAUAAAAUUAUGAAGACUAAAAAAGAGCUAGAGAAAGAUAAAAAAGAAAUAGAUGAUACUGAAGCUAAAAAGAUAGCAGUGGAAAGUAUACAAAAGAUUGCAAAUAUGGCGAUACAGAGUUUGUCCGGAGUUACUGACAAACCGGCAGCGCACAUAGAUGUAGCCGAUAGGAAAGAGGAACCUUUACAAAAGAUAGCCAAUGAAGCGGUCCAAGAAAUAGCCAAAAAAGCCGCAGAAACUUUAGAAGCUAUCGGAGAAAAGAAGGCACCUGAAGCAAAUUUGCCCAAAUCUCCAGAUGAAAUUAAAUCAGAUCAAAAGAUACAAGGAGAAAAAGUAGAAAACAAACCUGAUAAUAUUAAUAAAAUAAUCUCACAAAUACACAAUCUUCACGCUCAAAAUAGUUUACCUCAAGCAGUUAAACAGAACGAAGUCAAUCCACAACCGAUUCAACAAAAUAACAAACAAGAACAAAACCAACUUAUUCUUAAUAAACAAGAACAAAAUGCGAAGAAAGACAUUGAAAAACCUUUGUUAAAUGUAGAAGAUCAAAAUAAGGUGAACAAAGAACAUUUUCAUUCAGCUGAUGAACCACAAUCAUAUAAAGAAGGCGAAGAUUCUUUAAAAAGAAAUGUAGCAAGCAUUAGUAGUAUGGCGCAAAAUGUACCUUUGCCAAUAGCAUUAAAGGGUAAUCAAGAUGACGUUAAAUCAAAUAAUAUAGAACUAAAACCUGAUAAACAAAAUAAUAAUUUAAAAGAUAUUAAUGAAGCUAUUCCACAGAAUAACGAAAAUAAACCCAAAAAUGAUGAUAUUAAAACCCAAAAUAACCAAAAUAUUGAACCUGUAGUUUCUAGACAAAAGAGAGAAGUGAUCGAUUGUACGGAAAAGACAAUAUUGAAACCUGAAGAUAAACCAAUCUGUGAGAAAUUAAUAUCCAACAAGAAUGGUUUAACUAAAGAUGUCAAGAUAGACAUUGGUUUACCUGUAAACCUUCCUUUACAUUCUAAUAUACUGCGCAGAUCUCUAAAGAGUUAUAAAGAAGAUGUUAGAAGAUAAAAUUAUUUAUUUGAUAUUUUAAAUUAUUUUAUUUAUUAAAGAAUUAA